AUGACCCCCAACGUCGACAGUCCAAGGCUGCUACAAUACUACUUCCGAUUCGUUGUAGCAAUCUUCUUCACCCUUUUCUUCAUGGUACAGGAUUUGGUUUCCGAUCACGGCGUCGGAGAAAACACUUCGAUGCCAGUCAUGGAGUCUUUAACUUGUUCUGUAGUGGUAUCAAUCUGGGAUCGGAAAAACAUGCAUCGAUGUAGGUCAUUUCAGUCUUGUUCGGUGCCUGGUAUUCGUUCUAUGGCGCAUCUUGCCGAAGAAACGAAGCAGGCGUCAACAAUCGUUGUCAAGGGAAUCUACAUGUCCACCUUCUCUGCCUGGCUCCAGUCCAUUCCAACGCUCAUCAUUGUUUUGUUCUGCAUGCAGGAUUUGGAAGGGGUCGUCUCGGUCACCUACGCGAACAACUGGGCCGAAUAUCUCGUCCAGCUAGUUGAUGAAAACGGUGCUCUUGCCGUCUUGUCCAGGCUCUGA